GCAAACAUAAUGUUUUAAAAUAUAUCAUAUAGUCUAUUUACGGAUAUCCAUUUUAAAAUAAGAACCUUUAUAAAAUGCAGCACUUUUUAGCUGAAAAAAUGAAAAGAAAAGAUCCAAGACUUUCAUGUAAAAAUGUGAGCAAUAUUCUCUAAAAAGUCAAAUCUUUCUUUGUCAAAAAUGGGAGAGGAAAAUGUGCACUUCCUUAAAAAAUGUAAACAAAAUGGUGUUUCCAACUGAGAACUGCAGGUCAAAGAGAAAAGUGCAGAUCAAUAAAUAUCAACAAAAGACGAGUCGUUUCUGUUAUAAGCUGUAAAUGUACUUGAAUUGAUAUACUAAGUAUUAAUACUUUGUGGCAGGAUGUACAUAAAAUGCAAGUGUAAGCUUUAGUGUUAAAGUAUACAAUAAGUGAAUAUCUUAUUAUUUAUGUUCUUUAAAGUAAAAUUUGUUUAUAUGUCACAUUUAGUUUCAAACAGGUUUAUAAAUUUGCCUGCAGUGUUUUAAUUUUCUAAUGGACUAAUAUGAUACGGAUGGCAAAAACAUAUUAUGUAAAUGCAGCUCAAAUACUGAAAAGGUUUAACAGCACCGUGACCUUUGACUGGUCCGAAGGUCCUUCUGUUCUGACCAAGAGACAAAAGCAAACACAGCUAUCUUUCUUUUUGUUUGUCCAAACAUAAACCGCCUCUGCCUUGUUUUUCUCUUUAGUGUGUCAGAGGUUCAAACAGCAGAAACAAGAUGGCCGCCGCUCUGCAAGUGGCACCAAGAUGAACAGGAUGCAACGGUGCUCGACUGGAUCACAUCUCUCUCUGUGUUCAGAUGAUGAUUGGGUCUCCAAAUGCCCGUCUGGCUGCAGACUGCAGGGUUUGAUGUCAGAAAUGGAAAGUGACGUGGAACAAAAACUGCAGAUGUUCUGUCAAAAGUCAAGUGUUUAUGAAACCGCAAUGGAGAAGUCCAUGACGGAGAUGACGCACAUCUACAACUCUAACCGCAGAGUCAUGGUCAACAGAUACAUUUCCGAACAGAAGUUUGUGGAAAGUGCCGACAAACUGGCCAAGAAGCUCAGAGAACUACGACAGCGAUCACGAUUUCUGGCCCAGAAGAUAAAGGAGUUGCGCGGCCAUGUGGGGAAACAGGUGGAGGAGCUGCAUCGAACUGAGGUGGAUGUAGACAUGAAGCUAAGGACCUGCCAGGGAAGCUGCCGGUCGGCGCUGCCGUUCAGCGUCAAUCACCACGACUACCAGACUCUUCAAACGGACCUGAAACAGAAAACCAAACCCGCCACGCCUCCCCAGAACAUUCCCAGAGUGACGCUGCAGCCGGCGAACGUCGGGCCGCCGCCGCCAGCAGAGUACAGAAAGAUCCCGACGGUCCAGAAGGAGCUGCUGACGCAGUUUGAAGACAUUGAACAGAAGUGUAUUGUUCUGGUGGAUCAGUCAGACGAGGAGAACCCACUCAGAGCUGCAGGUUCUAAUCUGGAACCAACAGCUGAGGCUGAAUCGUUGUAAUAAUACUGAAUAAAGACUGAAAGACUUCACUUAUUUAUGUUUUCCUGACAGAAAGACUUUCAGGUUUUUUCAUUUUUUCAUGUUAUUUAUUAGUUUUCCUCCUGUCCUGAUUUAAAUUAAUAGAAAAUGAGCACAGAUACAAACCAAAAUACAUUUAUUUAAAUUAACUGAUCACUUAUUCUUUUAGUUUGAAAUUACUGAUUGUGGCAUUUUGGAACUAAGAAAGGAUAUUACUAAGCUUUGAAAAGACUUGUUUCUGAGGAUAAAUAUUUAAAUAAUGACUUGACUUAAAUAUCAAUAUAACUUUAUUUAUUGUAACAUUGUUUUAUUAAAGUCAUGUGGUCUGUCUUAUAUAAUUAACUUAUUUCACCUAAAGAAAAAGGAAUUUCUGUCUGUAAAUAAUUUAUAAAUCUUUUGCAAACAUCAUUUAAAGAUAAAUACAUUUAUUUUAUUGACUUUGUUCUUUGUGCAGCUGUUAAUAAUAAAAUUUGUUCCAACAGAUUAAGUACGACAUUACUUCUGGUUGAACUGUGGUGGCGAUAGAGUCUUAAGGUGGACUUGAAUAUGUCAUGACUUGAAGUUUAAGGUGAACUGAAGCAAAAAGUUGUAUUUAAAUAGUUAAAUAGUUAUUUACAUUCAUGACUGAUUGACAUUUAUUGCUUUUCUUUUAGUAAACUGACAUUUUGAGAGAAUAGAUGUUUUUUCUUUCUUCUACUUUUUUUAAUCAUAAUUUUUGUUCAUGUUAAGAUGUGGCAUGUUCAUGUUACCUGAAAAUUAACUUUAUUAAUAAAAAAUACACAACCAACAUACUUAUAGGUUCCUCAAUGUGUUUAUUGAGUAGCGCAGGACAGUUUUAUUCACUGUUCCUUUAAUGCAAACGACGUCGUCACACAACAAGAUAAAUCACAGCAUAUGUUUUCACAACAACUCUGAUUUCUCCUCUUUUGAAGAAUAUAACCUUUUGAAAAUAUUUUUAUUAUAUAAGAAUAAAACUUUUUUGGUUGCUUUUACACCAUUUUUU